UAUUUCACGUCGUACCUUUUUUUCCGCAGCCGUGCUUCUCCAUCUCAUUUGCUUGAAGCGUUCGUGUGCGUUCAAAUUUUAUCAUUAAUUCGAAAUGGGAGCGUCACCAAUUCCAAUUAUCCUAAUGACCGGUCUUUGGGCCGUCUUCGGCAUUGUUCUACCGUUUGUCGUGCCGAAAGGCCCAAAUCGUGGGAGCUUGUUGUUGGCUGUUUUGGUUGUGUUGCUAUAUGCAUCAAAUGAAUCCUCUUUACGGGCCGGUGUUGGAGAACACCACUAUAUUGGUUAUGCGCAAGGAAUGGGUGAUGUAACGAUUACCUUCGGCGUGGCCGUGGCCUACGCUUCGCCUCUUCAGUUGAUAGUGCUUUGA